GAGCCUGGAGGUGUGAGACGAACAUGCUAACCACUAAGCCACCGUGCGCCCGGAUGUUAAUUAACCUUGUGAAAAUGAAAUCUUGUGUGAAAUGCAUCAACACAUUAAGUUAUUAAGAGUACAAUGGGCUAAAGCACCCUUUCAUUUUGCUCUAUAAAGUACCAAAGCAUUUAAAAUAUUAAAGCCACUCAAAUGAGGAACUAAAUCAACGUCAACGUCAUACAAGUAUAUGAGCUGAAGAUGAAAACAGAGUGACUAAUUUGAACAAAUCCACCGGAUCUAGUGUCACUUGUCUAACUAGAUAAUGGAAAAUACUACCACCGUAUCAGGAAGCUGUGUGUCGCAAACGGAUCUUUUUUAACGACCCAGUUCCUUCUUUCCAAAUAUUCGCCUUAAACGUGACGCAGCUUUAGUCUAAGGAUUAUCAAAAGUAAACAAACAAUAAUAAUAAUAAUAAUAAUUAAUUCAGCAUCAAAGUGUGAAAAUUUUGAUUCAAGUUUGCUGACAAACUCUCAAACAGAGCACUCCAUUUUUGGUGUAGAUGUUGUGAGAUAACUACAUCACUUUUCCGUGACUAAGCCCCACGGCUUUAUAAAGCUCUUCUGCAUCCUGUCCUGCAUCAUAUACGCGUUACGCCCCGAAGGAGCUGGGUCUAAUCAUAAUCUAAUCAGACUUUUGCUGAAAAUAUAAUCCUCAUGAAAUCAACAGCAGGCAUUCAGACGUUAUGUUUCGUCUUGAGUGUAAACCUAUGCACGCUCACGGCUUUUCCAGCUGAUUUGUGCAGAAUGGAGGCGAUACUAAAACGUGUGAAACAUGAGCUCCAGAAAUUACAAUCAGGCUUAGAUAUUCAUGUUAAACACAACGGUGAGUUCAUCCAUCACCUCAUGAUCAGCAAGUCCCUCCCAACCCCCCAGCAGUACAAGUCAGCUGCGUGUGGCCUCAGCUACAUGGAAAAAGCCUUGGAAGAGAUUGAAAAGCACCAGAAACUGAUAGUGAAUAGUGAACAAAUCGAAAACUUAUUUAAAGACGUCAUUAACAGAUUGAAAACGCACCUCCCGGUUUAUGCACAUCACACCUUGGGUAAAUGUGACAAUCCUCCGCAGCUCAGCUGGCCUGAAAGUAUCUUCAAAGCCAAGCAGUGGACCUGGAAUUUCCUGGACUCAUCAGACAAAUUCCUGCAAGAUCUAAUCCACUUGCUGGAAUGUCAUGAAGCAAAUCCGUAACCAGGAUGUUUUUAUUUAUAUUUUGUUAUUUAAUAUUCGUAAUAUUUCUCAAAGUGUAUUUAUAUGGAAAUACUAUUUAUUUGUUUUUAGUAUUUAUUUAACGAAAUUAUUUAACCAUUCUUUGUGCUAUUUUUGUAUCACUAUUUAAAGAUAACUGUUUUAGUAGGCAUGUACAGCAUGUACACGCGGUACAAUUUAAAUAAUUAAGAAACAAACAUCCUAAAAGUCUCCCGCAGUAGUUAAAAAGCACGCUAGUCAGUAAAAUAGACAUUUUCAUUAUUCAGAAUGGAGAAAUUUGUGAAUUUCGCAUUUUCAAAAUUCCAUGCGCUUGCGUGUCGUUUAAUUCAAAUGAAUUCUCAGUAAUGAUUUGUACAUUUUUGAUGCUUUCUUUUUUUCUUUUCUUUUGAAAAUGUCAACUGGUGGGCGCAACAUACUUCCUAAAAUUGACCUUCUAGCGCAGAUUCAAAACCUAGUCAAUCCCCAAUUUGUGUGUAAAUAGAUUUGUUUUUAUUAUUAAAAUUUGAUAUUAAAAAAAAAAUAUCUAUUCAAUUUGCAUUUAUUCACGUUCGUUUUUUGUAAUGCUUUAGGUGACCGUGUUUAGCCACACGGGUCACUGUAUAGAUAAAUAUAUAUUUUAUAAUUCAAUUCUAUGAACGAUUAUGAGUAAAUUUGGGUUCAACUAUAAGCAGCAGUCGUUAGAGAAGCAGGUGCACAGUUUGGGCUUCAAACGGUUUGGGAAUCCCGUGAGACGCCGGUAAUUAAUCAACGUGUCAUAUGAGGAAAUGAAAUGACUUGGCUCUUGUUAAUUUACUAAUUUGGUUGCAGGAUUUGUAGUACAGAUGAUCAUGAUGAUUAAUUGUUCUUAUGUCGAGAGGGAGCGCGGACAGCCAAUGAGAAUAGACUCGUUUGAAAUAUCAGGAUCAUGUAUCAGGUUGGCGAGAAAACUUCAUGAGAUUAACGUCUCACCAGAAACUUCUAACUAAAGGUUCUGGUCUGAUGCAAUGUUAGGUUAGAUUAGAAUCUGAUUGGUCAGAGUUUCUUGAUUCAUUUUGUAUAACAGCAACUCUGACUGGAACUACAACUCCGAGUCGUUCCAGCUGUAAGUGUUGUUAUUUGACAACAAC